AACUGUGUAACAAACAUUGUGUAGUUACCACUAUGCUGCCGAGUCCUCGGAGGAGAACUGAUCCUGGCACACAGAUCCGAUGCUCCCACCGAGGAGGACGCAGAUGGACAGUCUGGUUCAGCCUCUCGUUGCCCAGUACCUCGCCAUGGGAUGCCACACUAAGGAGAACAACCAAAACGAAAGUACCGCGCCGGACGACAAGGCGAAAGAGGACGUGAAAGCGACAGCAGGGUCCAAGCCGAGGGUUUCCCCUCCUGGCCGCCCUCAGAGGUUCCACAAACCCGGGCCGACUCCGAUCACCGCGGGGAAAACGGCACCGUCCCUCGGUCACCUGACCAAGGGGGCGAGCUGGCAUGAGCUCAUCCAAACAUGCCUGCAGUCUUUCGACCAGGAUGGCACCGUAUGCGGCAGCAACCACUUGUUGAACAUCACCCUGACCAUGCACCGUCUGCUCAUCUCCUCCAGUGACCUCCUGGACAAACUCGGCUCUCUGUUCAAAUCGGCGAUGGACAGCGAGCAGCCGCUCGAGUGCCAGAAGAUUUGCUACUUCAUCAGGUACUGGAUCCAGGAAUUCUGGAUGAUGUUCCGGUUGCACCACAGCUUGACCGACAGCUUGGACCAGCUCCGGGAGACGAUCCGGGAGGAGGGACAGGAGCAUCUUUGCACCCUCCUGGAGACCAAGUGGAUAAAUGAGCGGGAUUGGUCCUGGAAGGCCAGUCAGAAGAUCAGAGUUCACUGCAACAAAAAGAGGAAAGUGUCUCUUCUCUUCGACCACUUGGAACCCAUUGAACUAGCCGACCAUCUCACCUUCCUGGAGUUUAAGUCCUUCUGUAGAAUAUCAUUUGUAGACUAUCAGAAUUACAUCCGUCGCUGCUGCAUGAAGGACAUUCCGGCUAUGGAGCGUUCCAUUGCGCUGUGCAAUGGCGUCUCGCAGUGGGUGCAGCUGAUGGUGCUGAGCAGGCCGACGGCUCAACUUCGGGCGGAGGUUUUCACCAAGUUCAUCCACGUGGCUCAGUGUCUACAUCUUAUGCACAACUACAACACACUAAUGGCAGUGGUGGGCGGGCUCUGUCACAGCUCCAUAUCCAGGCUGAAGGACACCACGUCACAUGUGCCCGGCGAGGUCAGCAAGGUGCUGAACGAGAUGACGGAGCUGCUGUCCUCCUGCAGAAACUUUGACAGUUACAGGCAGGCGUACAGCCGCUGCACCGGCUUCAAGAUCCCCAUCCUCGGUGUCCACCUUAAGGAUCUGAUCUCGGUCAAUGAAGCCAUGUCGGACUAUGUGGAGGACAAUAAAGUCAAUGUCCAAAAGCUUCAAGCACUCUACAACCACAUUAAUGACCUGAUCCAGCUGCAACAGAUCCCACCCAAGCUGGACGCCAACAAGGACCUGGUCCAUCUCCUCACGCUGUCACUGGACCUUUACUACACCGAGGACGAGAUUUAUGAGCUGUCCUACGCACGGGAGCCCAAGAACUGCAAAGCACCGCCAGCGACUCCUUCCAGACCUCCGUUAGUGGUGGACUGGGCUUCAGGAGUCGCACCCAAGCCCGACCCCAGAACCAUCAGCAAGCAUGUGCAGCGAAUGGUGGACUCGGUGUUCAAGAACUAUGACCACGACCAGAACGGGUUCAUCCACCAGGACGACUUUGAGAAAAUCGCUGCUAGCUUUCCGUUCUUCUGUGUCAUGGACAAAGAGAAACAGGGUCUGGUCAGCAGAGAGGAGCUCACUGCCUACUUCAUGAGGGCCAGCGUCAUCUGCUCCAAACUGGGCCUGGGAUUCGUCCACAACUUCCAGGAGACCACCUACAUGAAGCCCACUUUCUGUGACAACUGCUCUGGAUUUUUGUGGGGCGUCAUCAAACAAGGAUACAGGUGCAGAGACUGCGGGAUGAACUGCCACAAGCUGUGCAAAGACCAGGUGGCAUUUGAGUGCAAGAAGAAUGCCAAAGCGACCACCGACAGUCCGACGCCGAGCUCCACGCCCGUCACCAUGGGAACCUCCGAGGGUUCUGAGGACUGUCCCUUCCCGUACCCCCCAUUCGAGGGUCCAGAGUCUCCCCUAACACCGCAGUUCAAACCACAGAGGGUCGACAGCGGGACGCAGACGGACGGACCCUUGCUGUCACCGACGUCGCCGGAGUCCGGCCACGUCUUGCCCUCGCUGCUGAUCCCGGCGCCGCCCGCCCUGCCGUCCUGCCCCAGUCCAGUUCCUCAGAGGAAGCAAAGGUCCUGCGCCAAAUGGGAGAACAGAGUGUCCGUGGUCCAGAAGGCUGAUGAGGUCAAGGAGGACGGGAAGGCGACGGUGGAGUCCCUGGAGUCUGACAACCAGAGGCUCCAGCAAGCUAACGAAACACUACGUCGCAAGCUGAAGGAGGCGGAGCGAGAGGUGGAGAUCCUGAAGACCAUACUGAAGAGACACGCUCUGCAUCCGGUGGAGGAGGACUCGUCCUCGUAGAAGGGGCCCCGUCGCGUGUCCACGCCUGAACACCAGAGAACGUCGUCACUUCGGAGGUGGUAGGUCAGAGGAGCGAAAGAAAGGGGCGGAGGUGAAGGUUCAAGCGCAGUAUUAAGCUUUGUCACGCACGGGAGACUUGGAGUAGAUCAGGGUCAAGUAUCAGGAGGUUUUUAAAUCAGUGCAAAUAUCCUCAGAAUUCGACGUGAAUGUAACAUUAGGAGACAUGCGUAUUGAUAUCCAAGCAACACUAACUCACCUUGGAGAUACUUCACAUUUCUUUUCGGCCAAACAUCUUUGUUGUUCUGGUUCAGUAUCGUGCUGUGAAUGAUACUUUGUUUGUUUUGUACCACGUGAUUGUAAAUAUUGUAUCCGCAUUUGCGUUAUUUAUCAUCGUAAGCCUCGAGUUUCUUCUAAUAAAAUGACAUCGUGGAA